AUGUCCAAUGACACCCAGAAGGCCGACCAGAUAGCCUACAGGUUCUACACAAAGCUCGCGCUCGUCGUGCAUCAUGCGCGGGCUACGAGUGAGCCUAACCCUCAGGCUAAGGCAGACAAAUGGGUACGCUACUUGAGACUCUGGAAGAGUCCUGCUGACCCGGCUGACGUUGUCAUCAAGUUUAACCUCGAGACUCCAGACACUGAUGUGUUCAAGGAGUAUACGCGAGUCUACCGUUCCUUGUCGUCCACGGUCCUGCCAUCGACGUUUCAGCUUCAGGUGUUACUUGCUGUGCCAGAGCUGACACCUAACCAGGUCCUUGCGCAUAUCGAACCGGACUCGUCUCGUGUGCCCAUAGACCCCACGCCCAAGUUCAUUCUCCUGGAGACCUGGACCCUUGUCUUCGAACCGCAUCAGUCACAGUCGCACCUUGGACAGUCACAAGAGCGUUCCGACGUAGCCCCUUCAACAAUAUACAAACAUGGCAUCUCAUUGUUCAGAAGCAUAUUCACGCUUCUCCGCAUAUUGCCUACCUGGAAGCUCGCGAGGCGCGGGGGUCGGCUCAGGGGGAUGAACAAUGGAAAUUUCAGUAUUCAGGUUCGGGUCGAGCAGCGGAGUGUACACAUGGACGGGGUCUUAGAAUUCGACUCUUUAGUGCAAGGAUCGACUCUCGCUCAUCAAGUACACGACUUUCCACCUGUCUCCCACCCUAGGGGCACACUUUCUCUCUCAACCGUGUAUCUUUCCACUCCGGAUUUCAAGAUGUUUGACCGAGAGUCAUUGCUAUCCUCGCGGUUCCUAUCGCAGGCCGAAGGACCAGAGUUUACGCCGACGCUGCUGAGGAACCAACAGCGCGACUCACUCGCUAGCUCCCCUGGCAGCCUCCCGAUGCGCACUUCGCUGCCCCGCUCGCAACCCUCAUCUGCGGCAGAGCGAUUCGUGCUUCCACCACGAACGCAUACGCGUACUACGUCCCUGACCGGCAGUAGUCCGCGAUCGCAGAAUGUUGCGUUGCCCAUGACGCGCGUCAUGUCAGGCGCCGGGAACGCCGCAGGGUCCGCCUCUGGUGUAUCUGAUACCUCUUCCAUACGCCACGGCACGCCAUCUAUCGGUUCUAGAGAGGAGCUUACACCAUCCGCACUUGCCAUGCGGCUGAGGAGGGACAGUUUUGGGGUGGGUCGUACAGACUCGCCGGGACCGGUGCCAAUCCGUACGUCGCGUCCCGCUCUCAGCCCUAUCAAUGCGUUCAAAUCGGGCACAAUGUCAUCUGGCUCUCCGUCCGUCCAUUCGCCGUCCACGUCCCUACGGCAGCACUCUCCACUGGGCGCCGGGCCGUCGUUACCCUCUAGGCCAGUUCAUAGUUCACCCACGUCAUCCCGCGCACCAGCGCUGCCAUCACCCAUAGGUGCAGGGGCUCCCGCUAGGCUACCCGGGUCGCCCAUACCGCCACCACGUCCCUCACCUCCGACGAUACCCUCUAGCCUAGGUGGCCCCUCAAGUUUAGGGGAUCGACGAUCACUUGCUUCUGCAGAGGGAACAAGUAUACCAAGUGAUUCUUCACCAUUAGCAGGAGGCAGACGGUACAGAAGCAGUUUCGGUCAUCGAUACGCUGUCGCUCCGGUCGUGGGCAGUGAGGGCAGCACUAGUAGUGCUCCAGAACGCAUAACGCACGCGUCUUAUCUCAGCGCGGCCACCGAUGACGACGACAUCUCGGAUUUCGUACAGCAGAUAGACCGCCGGAAGCCGUUGAAUCGUGUCCGCGAGGGUUCGCAAGACUCCGCCGCGAACCCUAUGGAUCCGGUCUCGAACAAGCCUCCAGAUUCCGGUCCGGCUGCUGGCUCCGCGCAAGCGUUAUCGAGGGAAGGCUCACAGCCGAUGCUCACCACGGCAUCGGCGGUGGACGAGAAGCUCCAGCAGAUGCAGGAUACGUUCUUUGCAAGCCUGAAUAGCAUUGGGAACCGGCGCAAGAAGGACCGUGACGGCAGUAGCACGGGCUCAUCCACCGCGCGCGCCCCGAGCUCUGGGCCAUCUACUAUCGGUCGGAGAACUUUAGACCCCAUUACUUUCACGCCACGCGACGGCCUACCGAAUGCGCCAACCGCGCUGGCUAGGCGACCUAGCAGCAGCGGCUCGCCAAGCAUCAACGUCGGCGUGCCCGCAGCGUAUCGCAGGCCGCGGCUCGCGUCAACCGGUAGUGCGACAUCGAACAUGAGCAUCGCCUCUGGCGAGGUCUUGGGACGUAUGGACCCCGAGAUAGAAGACGAGCGUCGGCGGAGUCGCAGUGGACGUGACUGGACUAGCUGA